GUAUUGGUCGUGGGUUAUUCAGAAAACCCGAGCAAAAUGCUACGGACGUUGGUGGUUUUGGUUUUCUCCUGUCCAUCCAUAGUGUUUACGAACCAAACAAUUUUGGAACUCAGUAAAAAUGUCUCUUAUAUCGACAUGAACUACAUGUCGUCUUCAGCCCCACAACACGAUGACGACGGAGUUUUGCAGACCACAGAGCGUUUGCCUGAUCAAUGGGUGUCUGACUUGUUUUAUCGAGCGUUGACGAACUUUAGGAUACAAAAGGGCGUCGGUUCGUCGGCCUGUCAAAAGCAGACUCAAAUAUACGUUAGUCAUUUGAAAAACAACUCUUAUUGGGCAGUGAAAAUGUACGAUUCUUGGAGCCGAUAUCCAAAUGGAAUUUUAGUCGGUAAAACGCAUCAAAUGGGAGUGUACAGAGAGUGUAUCGACGUGCAUCAACCUAUGCAAGGGCAGUAUUGCAUGACAACUACAAAGCUCAAGACAGUCGACGGUGCAGAUCCAGUAGACUUGAAAAAAAAAGAUGAAAUGGAAAGUUAUGAUCAUGCUUGGAACGAAAUACUCGGCUUUAUCGAUUACAACGACCGAUAUCAUAGAAACGAAGUGAAAAUAGGCAUAUGCAUACCGGAAUCUUGUACCGCCGAAAAUCUUGAGAUAUCGUUACAGAACGAGCUCGACCGCGUAUUUUUGCCUUACCGUGUACAGCCCAAAGUCAAUGUCGACCCUAUGUUGUGUUCCACAGAUAAGAACAUGUACCCGUACGAUACCGGAUAUUAUGUCAUCAGAUCCGUAAUGUAUUUAUUGCUGAUAAUCUGUGCCGUCUCUACAUUAAUUCACUGUACAGUAAUGACUAUAAAAAAAGAAAAAACUAAUACCUUACCAAAAUACGUCUUUUGGUUCUCAGUUAUCCAUAAUGGCAGGAACUUAAUCAAACACAAUAAAAACAACGAGCUGAAUAUUUUUAAUGGUAUAAAAGUAUUUACGAUGGUGUUGAUAUUAUUUGGCCAUAGAUUCAUAGUUCAUUCAGCGACUCCCAUAUUGUACACAUUGAACAAUGAAAGGAUUUACAGAAUCGGACCAGACAUUUUACUGACGUGUAUGAAUUUAGUAGACCCUUUUUUCUACAUAACUGGUUUUCUCAUGUAUGUCAUGAUUAAGCCAGAGCUAGUUAAACGCGGAACCGGUUGGAUACAGAUACCGAUGAUAGUAUUUUAUAAGUACAUGAGGAUUCUACCGGCCUAUGGAGCCAUGAUGUUACUGACGGCGUUUUACAUACCCUAUAUGUUUAAUGGACCGUUAUGGGCGUCUAAAAUGUGGCCUGAGGCAGAAAAAUGUAAAAAAUUAUGGUGGACAAAUGUGUUGGCAAUCAGUAACUUCGUAGACGUCGACGACCAAUGUCUCAUAGUCGGAUGGUACAUUUCAUGUUUGGUUCAAUUCAUGAUCAUCGGUACCAUACUCAUCAACAUUUGCGUGAAGUACCGAAAAAUCGGAGUGGGAAUCGUAAGCGUAUGUCUGUGUGUAUCGUUAGCCAUACCGUUUGUUUCGACUUACGUCACCAGAUCAUACGCUAUAAUCAGAGUGCUGAUACCAUUUCUCAUGAACCCCAGCACUUCCUAUGAGUACCAGAAGUUUUACAGGCCUUUUUACAUGAGAGGUAUUCCGUUUUACACUGGACUUCUUGCGGGAAUUAUAGUCGAAGAACUGAAGAAAAGAGAAAUCAAACCAUCCAAAUUCAUCGUUUACAUUUGGACAUUUAUCAUAACCGCCGUGUGCUUUUAUGUCCAAUAUUAUGCUUCGGAGUUUUACGACAGACAAAGACCUUAUAAUGUCAUGGAACAAGCUACGUAUGCCAUUCUCAAACAUUGUACAUGGACGUUUAUGCUAUUCUGGAUCACUAUUUGUUACUUUACAUCGGGUUAUGGUCCAAUUGAAAAGGUGUUCAAUAACAGGCUUAUGACCCCAUUGAGUAGAUUGUCUUACGUAGUAUAUUUGGUGAAUAUCCCGAUAAUGAUGAUAAUGGAAUACAGACAAUCCUCAAUGAUUUCUCCUACUUCGGAAGUAUGGUUGGAUGGUUGGAUAGUUGGUGCAUAUAGAACGUAUAUUGCUGGUAUCACGUUGUACUUCACCGUCGAAGCACCAUUUAAUACAAUAAUAAAAACCAUAUUUUUUGGCAGUGGUGAAAAGGAUAAAGAUUCUGAUAAACGAAAAAAUUCCAUAACUGAACAUACAACGAACGAUUCACGUCUAUAAUGUGAAAAUCAAUUGUAAAUUAUUAUUGUAAUCUCUGAACUUUCAUUAGUAUAUAAAGAGGAAAAUCUACUUUGAAUAGCGUUAAUACGUAUUACAUCCAGGGUUAGCCUACCCAGUAACCACGGAAGUAGGGCCCGGGAUUUGUGCUUAUGCAUUUCCGUGUUCUUUAUGGAAUCAUAUACUCUCGCCACUGGAUUGUGAUUAUAAUAUCAUAUAAAAUGUAAAAUUAAUGUUAUAUUUUAUUAAUUAAAUACAAUUCGUGUUAUUAUAUACGUUUUUUU